UUAAAUACAAUUAAGACAACAUAUAAAGGAAGGAUGAGACGUUUAUACAUGGAAUCUUUUGUAGUAACAACCGUUGGUUCAACCAAAAAACAAAAAGAAAAGUAAAACGCUGUCGAACGACGAUGCCCACGUGUCUGCUUUUCACCGUCUGGUUCCUGUUAUGUAUCCCAUGUUCGGUUGUUCACCAAGUUCGGGCUCAAAACCAAACCGUAGCCACUACUCAUCCCGACGAAGCGCGGGCUUUGAACUCCAUCUUUGCGGCUUGGAGGAUCCGUGCUCCGAGGGAAUGGAACAUCAGCGGCGAACUUUGCUCUGGAGCCGCCAUCGACGAGAGAAUCACCAUCGACGACAAAAACCACAACCCUUUUAUCAAAUGCGACUGCAAUUUCGAAAACUCCACAAUCUGCCACAUCACAGCCCUCAAGGUUUUUCAGAAAGAUGUAGUCGGAGCUAUACCUCCACAGCUCUGGACUUUGACAUACCUCAUUAAUCUGAACCUGGCUCAAAACUAUCUUACAGGCUCCAUUCCUCCUGCAAUUGGAUAUCUGACUCGAAUGGAAUGGCUGACUUUUGGGAUCAAUGCCUUGUCUGGCCCCUUUCCCAAGGAAAUUGGUUUGCUUACAGAACUGAAAUCGCUUGGAAUUGGUGUAAAUAACUUUUCCGGAUCUAUACCAGCUGAGAUUGGGAACUGUACAAAACUAAUGAAAAUAUACCUAGGAGUUUCUGGACUUAGUGGGGAAAUACCUUUAUCAUUUGCUAAUCUUGUAGAGCUGCAAGAAGCUUAUAUAACUGAUAUGGACAUUACUGGCCGGAUACCGAAAUUUAUUGGAACAUGGACCAAACUUACUAUCUUGAAAAUUGUGGGAACUGGUUUGAGUGGUCCGAUACCGUCGUCAUUUUCCAACUUAACUUCUUUGAAAGAACUGAGUCUUGGUGAAAUAUCGAAUGGAAGCACUUCUCUCGAAUUCAUCAAAGACAUGAAAUCUCUAACUAUAUUAGUAUUUAGGAACAGCAAUCUUACGGGGACAAUAGCCUCUAAUAUCGGGGAAUACUCCAGUCUCCAACAAGUUGAUUUAAGUUUCAACAAACUACAUGGACCAAUUCCAGCUUCACUUUUCAACUUGAAUCAACUUACUCAUUUGUUCCUGGGAAACAACACGUUCAAUGGUUCUUUGCCCACUCAAAAGAGCCAGGCGCUGACCAAUAUAGAUGUUUCAUACAAUAAUUUGUCUGGUAAUCUUCCUUCAUGGGUUAGCUUACCAAACUUGAAACUCAACCUUGUAGUUAACAACUUCACCUUGGAAGGUCUGGACAAGAGGGUUUUACCGGGACUAAAGUGCCUGCAGAAAAAUUUCCCAUGCAACCGAGGCAAAGGAAUCUAUUCUGACUUUUCGAUCAACUGCGGAGGCCCACAAAUAAGGUCUGUUAGCGGAGAAGUAUUUGAGAGGGACGACAAGGAUCUUGGACAAGCUUCAUUUGUAGUCAGCGAUAUUGAGAGAUGGGCAGUCAGUAGUGUAGGACUUUUUUCCGGAAGUAGCAAUAAUAUAUGGGUUAUUAACGCUUUGGACUCGGAGCUAUUUCGUUCAGCAAGGCAUUCUUCCUCUUCCCUAAGAUAUUAUGGGUUGGGGCUAGAAAAUGGAGGUUAUACCAUAACACUUCAGUUUGCUGAAAUACUAAUUUUUGGUUCCAAGACAUGGAGAAGUUUAGGAAGACGACUAUUUGACAUUUAUGUCCAGGGAAGACUUGUUGAAAAGGAUUUUGAUAUACGUAGAACAGCUGGUGACACUGCUGUCCGAGCAGUCAGGAGAGAAUAUAAAGCAAAUGUAUCAGAAAAUUACAUUGAAAUUCACCUUUUCUGGGCUGGCAAAGGAUCAUUUAGUGUUCCUGUAAUAGGUACUUUUGGGCCACUAAUAUCGGCCGUCACUGCAAAACCAGAUUUUACACCAACGGUAACAAACAGGCCACCAUCGAAGAAAAAGAAUAGGACUGGUAUUAUUGUGGGUGUUACUACUAGCAUAGGACUUUUGAGCAUCUUUUUUGCGGGAGUGAUUAUCUUCAUCAUCCGAAAAAGCAAAAAGCGUUACACAAAUGAUGAAGAGCUGCUUUUUAUGGACGUAAAACCUUACACUUUUGCUUACUCUGAACUUAAAAGUGCCACUCAAGAUUUCGAUCCCUCAAACAAGCUUGGAGAGGGAGGAUUUGGGCCUGUUUAUAAGGGGACCCUGAGUGAUGGAAGAGAGAUCGCGGUGAAAGAGUUGUCGGUUGGAUCCCGACAAGGGAAGGGGCAGUUUGUUGCAGAAAUCGUAACAAUUUCUACAGUUCUGCAUCGCAACCUAGUAAAGCUUUACGGGUGCUGCUAUGAAGGAGAUCAUCGUUUGCUUGUAUAUGAGUACCUCCCAAAUGGAAGUCUCGAUCAUGCACUAUUUGGCCAUGGUAAGUAAUGAGCAGAGUGAUUAUUUAUUUAUCUUUGUUUCUAUACCAAGCUGAUAUUUGAUGUUGCAGGAGGUGAAAAGACUUUACACCUUGAUUGGUCAACCCGUUUUGAGAUAUGCAUGGGAGUUGCCAGAGGUCUAGCCUACCUCCAUGAGGAGGCGAGUGUUUGCAUAGUACAUAGGGAUGUGAAGGCCAGCAACAUUUUGCUUGACUCUAAGCUGCUCCCAAAAGUUUCUGAUUUUGGGCUUGCAAAGCUAUACGAUGACAAGAAAACCCACAUAAGUACCAGAGUGGCAGGGACCAUUGGGUAUCUUGCGCCAGAGUAUGCCAUGCGUGGAUACCUAACAGAGAAAACGGAUGUGUAUGCUUUUGGUGUUGUGGUUCUUGAGCUAGUGAGUGGAAGGCCAAACUCUGAUGUGAGCCUGAAUGAUGAAAAAAAAUUUCUUCUUGAAUGGGCAUGGAAUCUACAUGAGAAAAAUAGUGAAAUUGAACUAAUCGAUCCUGAUCUGACUGAAAUCAACAUGGACGAAGUGCAACGCAUGAUAGGAAUUGCUCUGUUGUGCAUUCAGUCAUCUUAUGGCUUGAGACCACCAAUGUCAAGAGUGGUAGCCAUGCUUUCAGGAGACAUUGAGGUCACUGAUGCGACCUCUAAGCCAGGUUACCUAACCGACUGGAGAAUUAAUGACACCUCAAGCUCCUCUUUCAGCGCCUUUCAAGCUACAGACACAAGCACUUCUUGGGCCUCUUCCACGAGGUUUGUGACGCCCAAAGACAGUGACUUUAAGCCAAUGCUUGGACUCAAGAUCAACGAGGGGAGAUGACAAUGUUUCUCCUUCAUUGAUACUAUUUUCUUAAACAUUUUUCACUUGUAUUUUAAUAAUGUUUUAGGCACUUCAUAAUGAGGUUGUCCGCUGAUGGAGUUGAAUACUAGAUUAUCUAGUUGGAAGAAUUUGAUGAUCUUGGGAGGUUAAAACUUGAAAAUAACUGUUUUGAUACC